AUGGCAUUUUUAUUGAAAGAUGCUAAAUCGGAACUAAAGUUAUUCACUUUACACCCUACACAAACAGUCAUAGAAAGAGGACAAUGGGUACAGUUUCAUCCGCUUUCAAAUGCUUCCGAUGGAGGUCCAAUCGAAUUUCAUGUAUCUGGCACUAGAGAAGAUUAUUUAGAUCUCUCCCAAACACAGCUUUUUCUCAAAGUGAAAGUUGUUAUCAGUGAUGGAUCCUUAUUGAAAGAUGGAGAAAAAGUGGACGUUACUUUAAACGAAAGACUGAUUUCUUCAAGCAACAAUACUUACCCUUACCGCGCAAUCCUUGAAAAACUGCUUAAUCAUAACUAUGAUGAGAAGACUUCACAGCUUUCUGCUGAGCUCUUUUUCAAAGACACAGCUGGAAAAAUGAACGUAUUUGACCCUAGUGACCCGAAUCCUAACGAAGGUUUUACUAAACGAGCUGAUUUUAUCAAAAAGAGUGAAACAGUUGAUAUGAUUGGGAGACUUCACGUUGAUCUAUUCCAUCAAGAAAGACUGAUGCUCAAUCUGGUAGAUUUAAAAUUGAAACUUAUAAGAAGUAAACUGGAGUUCUGCUUAAUGGGCGAAAACAGUUACAAGAUUCUUAUCCAGCAUGCUUCCCUUUUUGUGAGAAAGGUUCGUGUGAAUCCAGCAGUGACGCUGGCUCACGCCAAAAGCCUUGAGAAAACAAGUGCGAAAUAUCCAAUUAACAGAGUGUUGUGUAAAAUUUAUUCCAUUCCUCAAGGUAAUAUGUCUUUUGUACAAGAUAAUGUCUUCGCAGGUCAAAUGCCCAAACGAUUAGUUCUUGCUUUCGUGGAUAAUGAGGCGCUCAACGGUACAUAUAAAAAGUCUCGUUUCGAGUUCAAACAUUAUCAUAUAAAUUUCAUAUCAGUUUACAUGGAUGGGCAACCUGUUCCUUACCAACCUCUGGAGCCUAAUUUUGAGAAUAAUGCGUUUAUUCGUGCCUAUCAAAGUUUAUUUCUUUCUGCCAAAGAAAGAAUAUGCUAA